AAAAAAUAUGAAAUAUAUUCAUUUUUUUUAACACAUACUGAAAAGAGAAAAAUGUUCUUAACUUCAAAUUGCAGUUUUUCGGAGAAGAAUUUGCUGAACAAACUCUUAGUGAUUUAAUUCUGUCACUGUUUUUUUUCUCUUGAUAUUAGAGGGAAUAUUUCUGAGAAUUUGAGUGAUUUUCUUUCCUUUUUAAGGAUUUCACAUACAUGAAAAACAUGGUAAAUUGUUCUAGAUGUGAGAAAAGGUAGAAGGUUUUCCGGGUUUUUCUGGAAGUUUCAAUUGAUGGCUACAAACAAACCCAAGAGAAUCUUUGAAGUUUGGAAGGGAAAUAAUAGAUUUUUUUGUGGAGGAAGAUUUAUAUUUGGACCUGAUGUGGGAUCACUGUUUUUGUCUACCCUUUUAAUCGGUGGACCAGCAUUGGCAUUUUGUAUACAGACGUUUAUGAAGGCGAAAGACAAUAGUAAAUGGUAUCCUGUGGCGGCAAUUGGACUUCUACUAACCUUCUUGGAUUUAAUGUUUUUAUAUAUGACUUCUGGUAGAGAUCCUGGAAUAGUCCCUAGAAAUGCAAGGCCCGUGGAACAAGAUGAUGGAUCUGACAUAACAAACCCUUCAAUGGAAUGGGUUCACGGAAUGCAUCCACAGUACAAGAUUCCUAGAGUGAAAAAUGUUUUUAUGAAUGGUUAUAUCGUUAAGGUGAAGUUUUGCGAUACAUGUUUGCUUUAUCGUCCUCCUCGUGCUUCCCAUUGCUCCAUUUGCAACAAUUGUGUACAACGAUUCGACCAUCAUUGCCCCUGGGUCGGUCAGUGUAUUGGACUUCGAAACUAUCGUUUCUUCUACAUGUUCAUAUUGACAGCAACUAUCUUGUGCUUGUAUGUCCACAUAUUUUCUUGGAUUAGCCUAGUGCAACAACGGAGAAGUAUUUUGAAGGCUAUGGCACGGGACGUCCUCUCCGUUAUUUUGAUCGUAUACUGCUUCAUAGCUUUUUGGUUUGUUGGAGGCUUAACUUUUUUCCAUUUCUACCUUAUUAGUACCAAUCAGACUACUUACGAAAAUUUUCGCUACCGCUAUGAUAAAAAGGAGAAUCCAUAUAAUAUAGGGACACUCCGGAACUUUAGCGAAAUUUUUUGCUCUCCAUUGGCUCCGUCUUUGAAUGAUUUUCGAAAAACUGUGAUUGAAGAGGAGCAGGCACCAGACGAACAGUUCCGCUCAUCUUUUAAUGUGGAUAUUAGCUCUAAGGAGAAAAUAGACAUUGAAAUGGGUGAUAACUAUCAAGAUGAUGAUGAUGAUUCGGCACUACCUAAGAUUUUACGAAAUUUAAGCUAUGAUUAUAUAGAGGAUAACUUGAAAAGUAAAGAUGGUGGCAUGAUUGCCGAUCCAUUUUUGGAAGAUGAAGAACCUCUACAUAUUUUGCAUAAUUCCCUUGCUGAAGAUGAGUUUAAUGGCGGAAAGCUUCAUUAAAGCAGCUCUUCGUGUCUCAGUGCCAAGAAAACUCGAACACAGGCAUGAUCAACACCGGUCUUUAUAGCACGAUAUGAAUUCAGCUAAGCGUUUAUCAUAAUCUGUACAUAUCACACAUGUGACCUGAUUAGGCUCACAAUAAAAUGCACAUAAAAACCAUGCUAUGGUGGAGCAGGGUGAGUCUCCAGGAAUGAUAGAUCACUCAACCUCAAGACACUUAGAACUACAUUUUAUGUAUUUCAGAUUUCAAACUGUAACUUCUUUUUGGGAUAUAGUUUUUGUAGGGUUUGAAGAGCUGACAAUACAAAGUCAUACAUGUUGAUUUUCAAGUUUAUUUUUCUUCUUCCCUUAUGGCAAGUGUAUAUUAUUGCUAACUAAUUAUUACACUUACAAAAGGAUUGAUAAUUUUAUUUUUCAAAUAAUAGAUACUAGUUUUAAACCUUGCGUGAUGAAUAAAUCUUUGUGUUCAAUAUUAUUUUU